AAGGUGUGGUUAGUUUACACUUCAGUCGCUGGUAAACGAAUCUUUCGUAGAACGAAACGUCAAUGUUUUGUAUUUUAAAUUAUUCACAACAAUAGUAAUAGUUUAAUAACUUUAUAUACCUACUACUGAUGAUGUUAAAUACAUUUUGGCACUGUGAGAAGUUUGAAAACGUGAUGGGAUUAAGUGCGUGAGUUUCACGCAGGAAAAAGCAACUGCGUUGGGCGUGGGCGAACCCUCCCUGCUGGAUCGGGUUCUUGUAACCCGACUCCGGCGGUCAACAUCCUCCAGGAACAUCCUGCAUCUCCCCGGUUGCGCUGUGCCGUGCAGCCUGCGGAUUUGCUGACGUGUCGGGCCGCCACUGCACAUGCUCGGCCAGCAGCGAGCCCAGGAUCGGCGUGCCAGCAUGGCUCUCUCCGGCUUUCCCGGAUUCCUGCAGCUUUUGCUCCUAUGCGCGACUGCCGCAGCCGCAGAUAGGAGGUUUUCGGACUUCAAACGGUGCGCCGACGAGGAAUGUAGCAUGUUGUUGUGUCGAGGAAAAGCCGCGCAAGAUUUUACCGGACCGGAUUGUCGGUUCCUGCCCUUUAAAAAGGGAGAGACUGUAUACGUGUAUUAUAAACUCGCCGGGAAAAGGAGCGAUCUUUGGGCUGGAAGUGUUGGAAGUGCAUUUGGUUACUUCCCAAAGGAUCUGCUCACAGUUAAUCACAUAUACACAGAGAAGGAGGUGGAAGUUACUGCAGAAGAAACAGAUUUCGUAUGUUUUGAUACGGGAUUCAACACAUUUAAAGAUUAUGAUGUAGAUUCUCUGUUGGCGGCAGUGAUGUUGCCAACCGAAAGUGAAAAUUCUGCCGAGAAAGCAUCAAAUGAUGUGGAUCCAGCCAAAGAUGAGGAAAUCCACUCGGGUAGCAGGGAACAGGCACCCGUGGAAUCCUUGCCUGUAGACCAGGACCACACAUCUGAUACAGACUCUCAAUCUUUAAAUGAUAGCCCAAUCGAGAACUUUGAAAGCGAGAGGAUUGCUGAAGAUAUCACAGAAGAGAAAUAUCUUGGUGAUUUGUCUCCUGAAGUUUCUUCUAAUUUAUUAAUAGAAAUGCCAGCAGAAAACUUAGAAGCUAAUGAACUAGAUCAUGAGAGACAGACUGGGGCUCAAGAUGAAGGCACCAGCAAUGGUCUACAUGAAGAUCAGUCAGUGGGAUCUUCUGUCCUAGACAGUGUUAAUCCAGUGGAAAAUAAAACCAUAUUUGCACCUCCAGAGGUUCAAGAUCAGUCUUUAACUACAGCUGAUAUUAAUAUUGAAAUGGAAAGUCAUUUUUCAGAGGGAAAAAUAGUUCCUGAAUUGAAAACAACAUUUGGGUCAACAUUUGAUGCUGUUACAUCAGAUGAUGAAGACACUUGGCACGUCACCCCUAAUUAUGAUGAACAAGAAAACAAGGAAUCUGAAGACCAACUAGAUGAUGCUGAUAAUUCAGAGAAAAUACCAUUACUCGCCGUUACUGAGGAUAAGACAUCUCGUACUGAUAGGAACAUUUUGCAAGGUUCUCAUUUAGAGGAGGACAACGACUUUAACACAGAUCAAUCUGAAAAUCAGAAGAGUGACGUCAAAGAUGAGAGGAUGUCAACAUCAUUGGGAGAUACCGAUUUUGCCAUUGUCAGUGGUGAUGAAAGUACGAAUCAGAUCACAAGUUUAGAACAGGAGGUUGAAGAAGAUGUGGAAGUCGAGGAAUCUCACAAAUCUGUGCCUGAAACACCAGAUAGCAGAGAGGAACAACAUGCACCACUAUUCGACUCUGAUUCUCACCAAGAGCCCAAGGAAAUGGCGCAUAGUGAGGGAGAAGCCAAAGGUGCCAUUUUUGAGGAAAAUGCAGGAUCUAAUGAUAAUGAUGUGAAUAAUUUGUCUGAUAGUGAUUUACCUGAACCUUUACCUGAUGGAAAAACAGGUGAAGAUGUAUCAGAUGAAAGUGAGCUAAAAGGGCUUGAAAAUGACAAUAGAACUAUUAAGUCUGAAUUAUCAACAGUUGAUGCAGAAAACAAAGAAUCUUUAGAUAUUUUUGAAGAUGUCUCAAUUGAAAAAGUUACCGAGCACUCACUCAGUGAGCUUAGUGACGAACAUGGAACCUUUGAAGCUGAAACAGGUGAGACAUCCAAUGACACCCAAGAAUAUAUUGACACGUCAAAGGAAGAAAAUGUGACACUUGAGGUCACUGCUGUUGAACCGUCUGCAUUUCCAGAUGUCAAAUCCUUGGAAAAUACAUAUAAAAAUGCAUUUGAGGCGAGUAGAGAUACUGCCCCUGACAUGGCGGUGACGGCACAGGUGGACAGAGUGAAGGAGGAGAUCAUGGAUUUGUUUAAACAAACAUUGGAAAAAGAAAAUCUGUCCAAAAAAGAAGCAGAAAUAGAUAACCAUGAUGUGUCAGUUCAUUUAGAUUUGGAAGAAGGAGACCAAGAAGUAAUGUUACUUGAAGAUGAAAAUGCUCUGUUGUCCAAAGCAUCCAAAGAAGAAUUAGCAACCAAAGAACAUGACCUGGCAUCCAAAGAAGACGAUUCAAAUGAUCAGAAUCCUGACAGUCUGCAGAGAGAGAAUGAACAAGAACGUGUGGAAAUCUACACCAGGCCAGAUGUUCAGAACCUAGAGGAGUCUUUGGCAGCCAGAGAUGUGGAAGCUAUAGCUGGAACAGAUAUGGCAGCCAGAGAUGUGGAAGCUAUAGCUGGAACAGAUAUGGCAGCCAGAGAUGUGGAAGCUAUAGCUGGAACAGAUAUGGAAAACAAAUCCAGCCAGGUUUCCGAUGCACCUGAGGAUAUUAACAUUGAAAAAAAGAUAGAAUUUACAUCUUCAGAGUUUGAUCAAAUUAAUGUGUUAUCUGAGUCUGAAGGUGAACAUAAACAUGUGGACUCUGAAAUAGUUUUAGAGACUGAGAUUAAAUACGAUGCAUGUGUACAACAGCUUUUUCUUCUCAGAAAUCACUUCGAGAACAAAGAUCUCGAGUGGCUUUACAGACACCUAGGCCCCCAAAAUCUUCUCCAUGUGGAAGCUAUGUUCAUUGACCUGGAGCAGGAACUGAGGGCAACCAGGCUGUCACAAGCAGGCACCAGUGAAGAAAUUGAAAAGUCACUAGAAGACAUCUUGGAAGCCUCAGAGACAUCUAUUUUGGAUGAAAUCGAAAGGAUGUUGGAUGCUCAGGAGCAGAAGAGUGCCGACCAACACCAGGUAGACGGAAAUACGUUUGACGAAGAGGCUGCGAUCUUGGAUAAUUUCCAAGAGCUGGCCUUUCAGCUUCGGCAGAAGUACUCGACAGUCAGUGACAGUACUCCUUUAGCAUCUGAUGAACGCAUUGACUUGGAUUCAGGUGAAGAGGAAAUUCCAGAAGCUGUAAAAGACACAAUUGAAAACGUCACUACAAGUACUAGGAGUGCAGAAAGAGAAAAUGAGCCUGAGGAUGGGCAUGUGAGUGAAUCCUUGGAUGGCAGCCUUGACAGCAGCUCAGACAAGAGCUUUGAGGAGGAUGGGGGUCACUUCAACAAGAACAAAGAUAUUCAAGGGGCUUUUGAAGAUUCUGCAGAGAUUCAAAGAGGCCCACAAGCCAUUUUGGAGAGUCCAGUAGAUAUGGGGUUUGGGUUUCAUGUUGAAAGCCCGUCUUCAGGGUCUCUGGAUUCACCCAGUACUUCCGAUUAUCAUGAGGAAGAGGAAAGGAGUCAUGCUUUUGGAAUUGACUUUUUUGACUUCGGUAAUACUGUGAUUCUUGCUCAGGGUUAUUUGGACACUUAUGCCGAAAGGAUAAUCGCCAGCCUGCCUGAGGAAUGGCAGCCCGGCCCCACCUUCCACGGCCUUCCUUGGCAGCCGAUCCUGGCUACAGUCAUGGUGGGAAUCCUCACUUUCCUGGUCUUCGCCUGGAGGACGGUUCUUGCUGUCAAAAGCAGAACAUAUCAAUUGACUGAGAAGCAGCUCACUGACCGGAUCAAGCUGCUGUUUGAUGAGAAGAACGAAGCUCUGUCCAGGAUCUCAGAGCUGAAGCAGAAGAUCACUGAAAAUGAGGAGAAACUGAAAGAAUCUGAGAAAAGUGCAUCCUCUUCACAGCGCGAGAAUACAGAACUUAAGAAUUCUUUUAAGGAGCUGCAGAAGAGAAGCACACAGAUGAAGGACAAAAUGAACACCUUGACAACCGCCGUGGAAGUGGAGAAGAAGCGGAAUCAGGUGCAGGAGGAGCAGAUUGCCCAAGCUGAAAAAAUGGUCAAGGACUUUAAACGCGUGGUAAAAUCCAACAAGGAAGAACUCGCAAAGGUUCAAGUCCUUAUGGAUGAAGCUAAGAUUAGAGAAGAUGCCCUCAAAGCCCAAGUGAUGGCCUUUGAGAAGGAGAACAACGCUCUAAAGGAGCUGAAGAAGUCUCUGCUAAGCGACGCAAAGUCCUGGGAGGAGAGGCACCGAGAUCUGGGGGAGAAGAUGAAACUAUUCCAGAAGUCCCAGAAGGAGUUGGAGAAUAGCCUUGCACACAAGGAGAAUGAGAUUGAGGUUCUGACUGACUGCAUCGCCGAGCUUCGCCAGCUGGACAUUGGCGACGCCACAGAGCUGGACAAAGGGGACACGCACGCCCUGGCCAAUGGGGACUCAUCCAGCCCGAAGAGCGAUGUGCUGAAAAGCCGGAUUAAGCAGAUGAUGGAUGUGUCGAGGGUGAAAACAGCCCUGUCCAUUGUCGAAGAGGAGAAGAAUACAUAUCUGGGCAAACUCCUGAAUGCGGAGAAGCAGAGGCAGGAGCUGGAAGAGCAGACCAAGAAGCUGGAGCAUGAGCAAGCCUCUCUAGCUGGCGAGAAGCAGCAGAUGGAGGAGGAGCUGAGGACCCUCCAGCAGAAGCUGGAGAUAAUGAGUGAGCUGCACCAGCAGAAGGAAGAAGCCCUCCAGCAGAAGCUGACUCAAGAAGAGUUCCAGCGGCGUGAGAAGGAGUCCAUGCUGUCCCAGGUGGACGGCAGAGCCCUGCAGGCGGUGGAGGAGCUGAAGGCGUAUAAGGGGAGGGUGCAGGAGGUAGAGGAGGAGCUACAGAAAACGGAGCGCUCCUAUAAAGCUCAGAUCGCUGCCCACGAGAAGAAGGCUCAUGACAACUGGCUAAAUGCCCGUGCUUCCGAACGCUCCCUGGUGGAGGAGAAGAGGGAGACCGCCAACCUUCGUCAAAAGCUGGUGGAGGUGCACGACAAGCUUGCAGAGUUCCAGAGGCCUCUGAUCAAAGCCUCGUCGGGCCGCUUGGACCAGCAGAUGCCCCCCCUCCGCAGAGGAGACUCUUUUGGACCCUCCCCCGUGAGUGGAGGUGUGCCAUCGCCCCCCUUAAUGAUUGAGGGCCCAGGGCGCCCCCCCUCGGCACCGGUGGGGCCGCGAGGCGAUCCAUUUGGUCCCAGACCAGAAUCUCACGGACGGUACCCAGACCUUGGGCACCCAAUGCCUGCUCGACCUGCCCCUCGGACGUCCUCCCCCAGCAUGGACGGAUCGUCACAGGCCCCCUCCUCUACCCAGGAAUCAGCUGAUACAAAAGAGGCAGUGGGUUCUAGAUCACAGGGCCACCCCUCCUUCAUGGAGUCCCCCAUUCGGGACUCUCCGGUUCCUGGGCCUCAUCCCAAAGGGCACGGACCCCCAAAUGCCCGCGCCCCAAUGCUGAGGCCCCCCAACGGACAUCUGCCUAUGAUUCCACCCGGACCACCUCUGCCCACCAUGGGCCCUGGACCCUAUGGCCUCCCCGGUCCCCCGCGUCACUUUGGUCCAUUGUCACCGUUUGUACGAGGGCCACCUCCCCCCAUGAGGGAUUUCCCCAUGGGACCCCCUCCAUUCGGCCCCCGGGACAUCUAUCCUGAGAUGUGGCGCCCUAUGGCCGGACCGCGGGACUACCCGCCUCCACAUCGCCCUCUGCUACCUGGGCCCAUUCCGACCCCCAGCAUGCCUCCGCAGCAAGUGUCCACGGGCCCCAGGGACUUUCCAGAAGGGCCCCACCCUGGCCCCAGCAUCAGCAAGGACUAUCCUGCACAGCAAGAAGAGUACAGGGACCGGUCGGUCACUCCACAGAGCGGACCCUGAACCCUCCUUUUAGUUCAUAUAGAAGACAUUACGUUAACCUCAUUAUUAAAUCAUUAGAAAGCACGUGUCCUGUCUCAGAUCUAACAUUUCUGUCUUGAGGAAUCAAGGCUUAACAGUUGUGUGGGGGGGGAGUCUUGUACGACAUUACUUCCUUCUGAAUGCGUGUUUUUUAAGGGUAGCUGUCUGCUUGUGUUCAGUUGAUUUUUCUCUGAGGAUUUCCUGUGGAAAUACUUGAUUUUAAAAAUGUUUGGGCAGAGAGCGAGGCCUCUGGCUCGCCCAUAAUGGCUGCUUUGUAAUUGUCAAGGUAAGUUGUAUAAAGUCAGAUUUAUAACUUAUGAUCUUAGCGAUUUUAUUGAUAAAAGAUUGUUAAAGGAAUGUUAUUUUUACUAUGACCUUGGGAGGGGUGGAAUCUGAGGUUUGUGAUGUUUGAAUGAUGGAUUAUUCUUUGUGGGGGGAGUGUCGGAGUUAGACAUCAAAAUUGUAAUGAAAUAAAGAUACAGAUUUCAUAGAAUAAAUGUCAUUUGUAUAACAUCGGA